CCCGGCCGAGCUCCCCGUGCCCGGCCUGCGCUGCCCCGGGAGGCCGCGGCGUCACCGGAGCGCUGCGGCAGCGCCUGCAGCUGAGCGGCGAGACGCUGUUGGAAAUCUGGCAAAAAAAACCACAACAACACCCCAAACUUCGAAGAAUAAGGAAGGAAAAAAAAAAAAAGGAGCGAAUAGCUUCAACCUGGGUGUUUUAAAUCCUCCGCCUGUCUCUGAAAUAUGGCUUGAAGUGUCGUGGGCUCGUUUAAACGGGAGGAUGUGGAGUGGACUGUUACCUCCAGGGCUGAAUGAAAGUGAUGUGGACUUGAGUUCUGAUGAGGGAGACGAAUCGCAUGGUUCCCUUUCCAAGGAAGGUGCAAAAGAAGAUGCUGAAGGAGUUCAGCUGUCUGAAUUCCAGGAGGACAGACCUGAAAGUGAUGCCAUCAGUGAACCCGUGGUGGUAUCGGUGACAGAUGGAGAAAAUGAGCCUCCAACGUGCCCUCCUGGAAUUUCUUUAAAUACGUGGAAUAAAUUUGUGGAGCUUCAGAAGAAAAACCGUGAAAUGAAAACCCAAGUGAAUCAGGAAAACAAAAGCAGAAAAAGGAAGCGCCGCAGAAAAGGAAAACAGAAAAAGAACGAUGAAGUGACUAAGAGUAGUCAACAGUUGGCAAAUGAAGAGAAAUGGAAAGAACUUACGCAGUACUUUGGGAUCAAUGACAGAUUUGAAUCACCUGUGGAUAGCAGAGCUCCACAAAAGUCUGGCCUUGAACUUAGCAUAGAGAAGUCUGUGGCUGAAGGUGACAUUGAUAAGGCUGAGGAGCUGAGUGACAGAUUAGCCAUUCGUGAGCUUGGUGUGAAAAUUGCCAAAGCUGCCGCUUGCCGCAACUUUGUAAAAGCCAAGCAAGAAGCAGAGGCUGCCCAAGAAGCUCGAAAGAAAAAGAAGCUUGCUUGGGGAUUUGAAGCCAAGAAAAGAUGGGAAACAAAAAGCAACAUGGGAUACAUGUAAUCCAUCCUGUUUUCCUCAGGAGUCAAAUAACCUGUUUUUAUUGAAGAAGCUCUGUGGGAGACUUCUUAAACCUAUACACACAAAAAACCACAACACAUCGAACUCCUUGUGUUUCUAGUGCUGUUAGACUGCAAUAUCUUGUUUUGGCACUGUCUCACAAUCCAGCAAAAUACUAUUUAAACAUCAAUGCUAUGUUAAAUAUAGGAUUUUUCUCAAAAAUAUGAAAAUCUAAUAUAAUGCAUUGUGGAAUGCUUUUGGUUGGAAUAAAACCCUUGCUCCAAGUGUGUUCCGUGGUGCAGUUACAAUGUGUGGGUAUAAGGUGAGGGAUAAGUUUUCCUGCUGAGGUUAUGCAGACUUAAUGCAAUAAUUACUGCUUUUCUGUUUGCUUAAAAGGGGGAGGUGUGCUCUAAAUAAAGAAAAGCAAAACCAUUCUA